UUUCUUACAGGAAUAGCAUACGAUUAUCCCCACCUAGGUGCUGCGGGCGUAGUUGCAGACCAGUAUUUGCCUCAAGCAGAAGUCGAAGGAGGGGUAGAUCAGUCUUUUCCUCAAACUGGAAUAAUAGGCACCACUCCCGCUCUUAUUUUCAACAAAGCCCUCGAAUGUCUCAGUAACAAAUAUAUUUACAGCAGCUGUGAUGAAGCUCACAGACUCACACAAAAGGGGGAGCUAAAUGUGCCACCGGAAUAUGCUGAUGAAUACUGUAAUGGGCCGUGCCUAGCUGAGACAAACCAUGCAUUGGACUGUAUAAACGGAAUCUUGAAACGUUUCGUAUUUUACAACAGUGCCACUCUGAAUGAUGUUAGGGAGACUAUUAAGUCUGGAUGUGGAUAUGGGCCUAAAAGAGGUAACUUUGAUGUGAUUGGGCAUAUACAAGCCGGUGAUGCUAGUGAGAACAGGGUAUUUGAUCGUGUGGUUUACGUGGUUUUAGCGAUGACUGUUGCAUGGAGAGUAUUGCUCUAAUUCGUGCUCGAAUUGAUCGAGUUAAGUUGUUUCUUGAUUUUUAAUGUACUUUUGUAUUGUGCCAAAGGAAAAUGUUGUAAUCAAUAAUUUGUUAGUAAUGCAAGUCUUUGUUUGAUGAGAGAAUACUGGAAUUCAGUUGAGCUUGAACGAGCUUUUAUCUAGUCGAAUAUGAAUCGAGCUCGAUCUUUUUAUAUUUUAUUAGCCGAAUUUCAUA